GGGGCGGGACUGAGAGGCGCGCGCGGUGCUUCUUGCUGUAUCUGCUGUGGUUGCUUUUGGCAUGGAGGAAAUUUAUGCUAAGUUUGUGUCUCAGAAAAUCAGCAAAACCCGGUGGCGACCGGUACCUCCGGGGAGCCUGCAGACCGCCGAGACCUUCGCUACGGGCUCUUGGGACAAUGAGGAAAAUUAUGUUUCUCUGUGGUCUAUUGGAGAUUUUGGGAACGUUGACUCUGAUGGAGGAUUUGAAGGAGAACAUCAGUUAUUGUGUGAUAUCAAACACCACGGUGAUGUCAUGGAUUUACAAUUUUUUGACCAGGAAAGAAUUGUAGCUGCUUCAUCAACAGGAUGCGUAACAGUUUUCCUUCACCAUCCUAAUAACCAGACUUUGUCAGUCAGCCAGCAGUGGACCACAGCUCACUACCACACAGGUCCGGGCAGUCCUUCCCGUAGCAGUGCACCAUGCACGGGUGUUGUGUGCGACAACCCAGAAAUUGUCACAGUUGGAGAAGAUGGUCGAAUAAAUCUCUUCAGAGCUGAUCACAAGGAGGCUGUAAGAACCAUAGACAACGCAGAUAGCAGUACGCUCCAUGCUGUAACCUUCCUUCGAACUCCUGAGAUUCUUACAGUAAAUUCAAUUGGGCAGUUAAAAAUAUGGGAUUUCAGAAAACAAGGAAAUGAGCCUUCUCAGAUACUAUCACUGACUGGUGACCGAGUGCCCCUCCACUGUGUUGAUAGACAUCCCAACCAGCAGCAUGUGGUAGCCACCGGUGGCCAGGAUGGAAUGCUGAGUAUUUGGGAUGUUAGACAAGGUACUAUGCCUGUGUCUCUGCUGAAAGCUCACGAAGCUGAAAUGUGGGAAGUUCACUUUCACCCAUCCAACCCAGAUCAUCUAUUUACUUGUUCUGAGGAUGGAUCCCUCUGGCAUUGGGAUGCCUCCACAGAUGUACCUGAAAAAUCAUCACUGUUUAACCAAGGAGGAAGAAGUAGCACUUUUUUGUCUCACAGCAUUAGUAACCAGGCUAAUGUUCACCAGUCUCUUAUAAGCUCCUGGCUCAGCACUGAUCCUGCAAAAGACCGUAUUGAAAUUACAAGCUUGCUUCCCAGCAGGACUUUGUCUGUAAACAGUUUGGAUGUUUUAGGUCCUUGUCUUGUUUGUGGAACUGAUGCAGAAGCAAUUUAUGUUACUAGACAACUUUUUUCAUGAAAAUACUGUAGUUACAUGAUUUCAGGUAAAGCAUAUAGUUAGCCUUUUGAAUUACCACUUCUAUGCAUAUUUUUAUGAUUGGAAAAUGUGAAAUUGGCAGAGGAAGCUUCAGUCACCUAUUGUUGAUGUUGAUGACCAGCGUUGGUUUUUGUCAGUUGAAUGUUCCCCUCAUAGUCGUAGAGUCUGAUAGAUGACUGGUGAGAAGAGAAUUGGAACAUGUAGAAGAAUAUUAGAGGGAUCCUUUUGCUGAUGUAGACACUGCCUUCAAACAGGCCGUUCUGGACAGCUCGUGGACCCAGCUCUUCAUCUUUGAUGUUGUGAGACUUAAUAUUCUCAAACCACCAACAGGUUCCUGUCCUUUUUAUUGACAGUGUGAGGGAUAUGCCCCUCCCUGGUGGCACUAGCCAAUGUUGAUGUUUAUCCUGUAUAUUGUAGAUAUUUUCUUCAGCCCUUCCACAUUUUCUUUCCUUAAUAAGUUUAAUAAACUUCUUCAUAAAGAAUUGAAUAGAACAAAAAUGACAAUUUUUUUGUAGUGUUCACAUUUUUUUAAAGGAAAGUGUUAUGACAGGUUAGAGUAGGUUUGAACAGAACUAUAUCAACUGCUUGGACCCAGCUUCAUUUUUCUUGAAAAAAGUACAUUUUUCCUAAGGAUUUUUACUUUUGUUUAGUUUUACAACGUUGUUCAAAAUUGCCAAACCGGACAUUGUGCAAUAAAACAGAAUUUGACAUUGAUAAGUGAUCCAACUUCCAAACUGAAAUUUGAAGAUCACGUGUAUAAGACUAGUAUGAUGAUGUGAUAAGAGUAAAGAUGUCUUUACUCUUUUGAUGUCUUUGUCCUUAUCUACAGUGCUAACGAUGACCUAACUUGUAGUGUUUUCUUUUGUUUGUUUUGAGUAUAGUUGACAAAAUGUUCCAUUAGUUUCAGGUUAAUAUGUAGUGCCUAAAGACAAUUUAGUAACUUUGUCUUUUCAAAGUUUGUUAAAUUAAAUGUGUUCUUGAACAUCAAGACCUUAAUGACAAAUCACUGCUAUUAAGCUCUUGGAGAAUGUAUUCAUUUACUUUAUUUAUAAUUCCAGUGGUAGUAAUUAUGGUAAAGUUUUGUUUUUCUGUCCUAAUAAAUAUUUUCAAUUUUUUAAUGCCACCUUACCUCAGGGCUUUUGGUUUGGGGUUUUUUGUCAACAUUUUUAAAUGGAAUACAUAAAUGUAAUCCGCUUUUUUAUAUAUAUUUGUCUCAAAAAUAUUUGAUAUAAUUAGUAACUUGAAUUGCAAAGAAUCAGAAGAAAAUGUUGCCAUAGGAAUUUUUAAUGUUUAUAGUUUUAUUUCUGAGACUAGUUUUUAAGAUUUUCUGUCAUUACAGAAGUAAUUCAUUACAGGAAAAAAAGGCAAGAGAAAAUUGUAAGUGCUUAUAAUGUUAAACAGAGACAAUUCAUAGUCUUUUCAUUCCCUUUUCCACCCAUCAAUGUGUGUGUAAUUUGUUAAAAAUGAAAUAUAUCAUGUUAUAUUUAUCGAAAUACAUUCCCCAGCAGUAAUCACAUGGUUUCCAUAAUAACAACAGAGCUAUUAAUUUUCUGUUGACUAUUUCCCUUUAUGUAAAUAUCUUGCUGCAGCGCAGAUCUCAGUGUCCCUUUCUUUACCCUCCGGGCAUUCUCCCAUCCAGCAGGCUACCACCCGUGCUCUGAGUGGGCCCUGAGUUGAUAUCCCUCUUGGAGGACUAGCUCCUGGGCCCACAUUUUUCAUGCACAGUGAGUGGUAAGCUUGCUGUGCCUUUGCUUUCCUCUGCAUUAUAGGCUGCUAAAAAGUUGAAAGGAUUCAUGUAUGUUGCUAGUACCAUUCUCUUGUUUCCAGCAGCAAUAUAUGCAAUUUCCCUAGAUUGUUAUAGUAAAUAAUUGAUGGAGGGAGCCAGAUGUGUAGGCUUAGAACACUAGCUUGGGCUGGAAACAAGUUUCAAGGUUGAAUCUUUGCUUUGUUUUAAGAGUAUUUGUAACCAUGAGUAAAAGAAAGUAUAUUUGAACAGUGAUACAUUUCCUAUCAACUGAGGGGUUCUCAGAUUUAAUAAGAAACAUAAGCUUUAUGUAGUAUAAAUAAAAACCCUAAUUUAUAAAUUUGUUCAUUGUCACUGCCUGUAUUCACGAAACUAUCAAAUAGUUUCUUUUGAAGGCUGCAGGAUCUCAGAGGUGGAAGGUACCUUGGAGAGCAUCUCUAACCUAAAUUUAACUGUCACUUUCAGAGCAUUCGUAACAAAUUAUCAUCCAGCCUGCCCUUGACAAUAUACUGUGAUAAAGUUUCCUAUUUCCCAAUGCAGUCUCUCCUCACUUGGACAGCUCUUAUUGAUGUAGCCUUAUGGCAGGGUUUUAGUGUAUGGAUGGAAUAGAAAACAAUCCUGUAAAAAAAACAAGGUAAGA